AGCCAUGACGGCUGGCUGAACUCUAGAAAGGUGUUUCCGGGUUUCCCUCGACUCCCUACUUCCGGUGUCGCUGUUUCUCCGGAGGAGCUGAUAAGCAGAAAGCCAGGAGGAAAGGGGCAGCGGGGGGUUGGGCUUCUCGGUGGUGUGGGUCCGUGGUGCUGAGGAGGAGCGGCUGUUGGGAUAAUGGAGAAGCUGCGGCGGGUGCUGAGCGGGCAGGACGAUGAAGAGCAGGGGUUGACGUCUCAGGUACUUGAUUCUUCAUCUCUUAGUUUUAGUACUCGAGUGAAAUGGUUCGCUAUAUGCUUUGCAGGUGGCAUUGUGUGUUCUAUUCUUGGGACAGGGAUGCUCUGGCUCCCACGUGCAGGCCCAAAACUCUUUGCAGUGUUCUACACCUUCGGAAAUAUUGCUGCUUUGGCCAGUACCUGCUUCUUGAUGGGUCCUAUGAAACAGCUGAAAAAGAUGUUUGAACCAACAAGAUUAAUUGUGACAAUUGUUAUGCUGUUGUGUUUUAUCUGCACCCUAUGUGCUGUGUUCUGGUGGGGCAAGAAAGGGCUAGCUCUGCUUUUCUGCCUUCUGCAGUCCUUGGCAAUGACCUGGUACAGCCUAUCAUAUAUCCCUUAUGCAAGGGAUGCGGUGAUAAAAUGCUUCACAUCCUGCCUAGCUUAAAAUGAAUAAAGAGGAAGUCUGUAAUAUUUUUGGGGAGCCAACUACAUUUCUGCAAGUUUACUUGGAUUGUUUCAGCUCCUGAAACAGUGAAAUCCUCCUUCCACAAUGGGUUAAAUUGUGUUAGCAGAAUAAAGUUUUUAAAACUUACAGCACCUGCACAUCUGUUUUGAAAAUAGUUGACCAUCUCACAUAAUGGUGUUAAAACUGUUGCAUCAGGUUCUGCUAACAGUUUAAUCUCAAACGUAGAUUAUUGAGUUUCAGGAAAAAAUGCAUGUAAAUACUUUUGUCUUAAAAAUUUGCUAUUUAUCUUACCUAUUUGUGCAUUAUUUGUUAUAUGCUUUUCCCAAAGACCUUUAAAAUUACUAUAAAAUGAAGUAUGUUGAUAAAUUUGUACCUAAUGGGGCUCUUUUGAAAAGUUUAAACCUAGUAUAGAAACAUUGUGAAUGUAUCACACUGUUUUUAAAUGCUUGAGCUCUUUGUUAAGCUUAUAUUUUAAAUGCCAACUUUUUAUACUGUGAUACUUAAACACUUGACUAAAAGUGCUUAUGAGUAAUAUAUUAAAUCAUUGACUACAAAAUAAAUAUAAUUUUAAAAA